AUGCCUCGCUCUGAGGAAGCCGCUGCCUGGACGUAUGCUGUAUACAAUGCUGUACGAGAAGUUCCCUAUGGCAAAGUAACGUCUUAUGGUCACAUAGCUCGUCUGCUUGGAAAGCCUGAAUGUCCAAGACAAGUAGGAGUGUCUCUCAAGGCUCUUCUUUCUGCGACAGCCCAGCCAGACGCCCAUUACAACAAUUCAAAUGUACCAUGGCAGAGGAUCAUCAAUUCCAAAGGUUGCAUCAGUCCAAGAGGCGCGAAUGGAGCCAGCCAACAAGCCACUGCUCUAGAAGCUGAAGGCGUCCAAGUGACCCGAGGAUCUCUGGGCGAGUACUCGGUCGACUUUGCGACUUAUGGGUGGUUCCCAGACAUUCUUCCAAGCGACCUCAGCGAUGAAGACGACGAGGAAUGA